UUGCCAUGUUCCCUCCGUCUGAAAUGGUGGAAGUAGCCAAUACUCUGCGUUGAGAUGGUGCCAUUGGAACAUGUAACGUUUUGGAUUUUGUGUGCGUUAGUUCAGAUUUCGUCAGCGCAAGUUUCAGUUGACGGAGGUCUGUCGGAAUGGUCGGAAUGGACAAUGUGGUCUUGCCCAGUGACAUGUGGACAGUCUCUCACAAAUGUGACCAGAACACGAGAUUGCACAAACCCUGUUCCCAAGAAUGGAGGUUUAGAUUGCGAAGGAAAACGGGUUGAAAUCGAGCCUAGAACCUGCAAUGCCAACAUAUCAUGUCCAAUUGACGGCGGCUUCAGUUCAUGGAGUCCGUGGAACAUGGCGCCAUGUUCUGUAACCUGUGGAGUUAAUGCCACAAGAUUCAGUACCCGCAGGAGAAACUGCAACAGCCCUACUCCUCAGGACGGUGGAACUAAUUGUACAGGACCCCAUGAGGAAAAUGUGACUAGAACCUGUGGUCUUGGUAACUGUCAAGUUGACGGCGGCUUCAGUUCAUGGAGUCCGUGGAACAUGGCGCCAUGUUCUGUAACCUGUGGAGUUAAUGCCACAAGAUUCAGUACCCGCAGGAGAAACUGCAACAGCCCUACUCCUCAGGACGGUGGAACUAAUUGUACAGGACCCCAUGAGGAAAAUGUGACUAGAAACUGUGGUCUUGGUAACUGUAAAGUUGACGGCGGCUUCAGUUCAUGGAGUCCGUGGAACAUGGCGCCAUGUUCUGUAACCUGUGGAGUUAAUGCCACAAGAUUCAGUACCCGCAGGAGAAACUGCAACAGCCCUACUCCUCAGGACGGUGGAACUAAUUGUACAGGACCCCAUGAGGAAAAUGUGACUAGAACCUGUGGUCUUGGUAACUGUCAAGUUGACGGCGGCUUCAGUUCAUGGAGUCCGUGGAACAUGGCGCCAUGUUCUGUAACCUGUGGAGUUAAUGCCACAAGAUUCAGUACCCGCAGGAGAAACUGCAACAGCCCUACUCCUCAGGACGGUGGAACUAAUUGUACAGGACCCCAUGAGGAAAAUGUGACUAGAAACUGUGGUCUUGGUAACUGUAAAGUUGACGGCGGCUUCAGUUCAUGGAGUCCGUGGAACAUGGCGCCAUGUUCUGUAACCUGUGGAGUUAAUGCCACAAGAUUCAGUACCCGCAGGAGAAACUGCAACAGCCCUACUCCUCAGGACGGUGGAACUAAUUGUACAGGACCCCAUGAGGAAAAUGUGACUAGAACCUGUGGUCUUGGUAACUGUCAAGUUGACGGCGGCUUCAGUUCAUGGAGUCCGUGGAACAUGGCGCCAUGUUCUGUAACCUGUGGAGUUAAUGCCACAAGAUUCAGUACCCGCAGGAGAAACUGCAACAGCCCUACUCCUCAGGACGGUGGAACUAAUUGUACAGGACCCCAUGAGGAAAAUGUGACUAGAAACUGUGGUCUUGGUAACUGUCAAGUUGACGGCGGCUUCAGUUCAUGGAGUCCGUGGAACAUGGCGCCAUGUUCUGUAACCUGUGGAGUUAAUGCCACAAGAUUCAGUACCCGCAGGAGAAACUGCAACAGUCCUACUCCUCAGGACGGUGGAACUAAUUGUACAGGACCCCAUGAGGAAAAUGUGACUAGAACCUGUGGUCAUGGUAACUGUAAAGUUGAUGGUGGCCUGUCAUCAUGGACCGAGUGGAGCAGCCCUGCCUGCACCGAGUCCUGUGGACUUGCAGCAACCUCAGUGGUGGGCAGGAAUAGAUACUGCAAUAAUCCAGAGCCUGAGGGUGGAGGGCAGGAUUGUAAUGGGCCACGCAAUGAAUCUCAACUUAGAGGUUGUGUCCUACCGGCUUGUCCAAAACCACCGGUAGAUGCCCGUAUCAUGGCUGGCGUGGUCAUUGGUGUGGGACUGGUCCUUAUCUUCAUAGCUGUUGCCAUGACCUGUAAUUUCUUCCUUCACAAGGAGAGAUCACCACCCGGACCAGCGUGUGAAGACAACUUUCGCAGAAGCGAGUUCCAUGAAUAUAACAGAAUGAAGACAGGCUUCCUGGAUAACAAGCACACCCUCUCGUACAUAUAGUAUAGAACACAAAUUUCACACUGACAGAAUCAUCUUCUGAAUGGAUUGAUAGACGUUGCGGACCGAACGUGAACGUCCACAGGGCCCUCUGUAAUCGGGCACAUAGUUGAAAUAUUUUGAUGAUCAUGGACUAAUUGUGCAUUGACAUUGGUUAUACAAGCUUUUUUUGUUUUGCUUGUUGUUUAUGAAUUUGAACGACCUCUUAACUACAAACAAUGAAAUGAUAAUGGAAUGGUAGAUAUCAGUUUACUGUAGUAGAGCAUGACGUUUAUGUUAUUGUGGUUGACAUACAACUCUGUGAAGACUUCAUAGAGCGUCAUACAACUCCUGUUUGGAAGUUGUUUGAUCAAGGUUACAACAUUCAAGGCCUCAGUAAAGCUUUCAAAAGGUUUAAGGCAGACAUAUGAAGGAUAUUUUCAAAUUUAACGCAUCAGUUACAAAAUUAAUGUCCGAUGCAAGUCCCAACUUUGAAUUGUCCCAUAUGGUCUAUAUUAUUUUUUAGGUGAAUAAUUAACUUGGAUUUGCAUGUGUUUGUGACGGGUGCCAUCGGUUGGGCAAGAUAUAGAGGAUUAACCACUGUGUUCGGUUGUUACCGAAAAAUCUACACACGAGUGAUUAA